AUGAAGACAAAUAUUUCCCCUCUGGAUCAGUAAAGUGGGGAAAGGUGUGUUUGGAGAAGAGACAGAAGGCGCUUUGUACCCUUCUCUGACAGGUCUGCCCCCCCCCACCCCAUUCCUCUCUCCCUCCCUCGAUCCCACCUUCCUGCUCCCUCAUCCCCCUGCGCUCCUGGAGCUCACACAGACCUUCUCACUUGAAAGAUGCUAUCGCUUCUCUACCGUUCCCUCCUACUCAUCCUUACUCAACAGUGCUUCAGCAGGGCUCAGAACAAUGGGCAGCUGCUGGCUCCUCGAGGUGGACAGCCUGCAGCUGAGAGGCGGCAGUUCUGCCAGUGGCCCUGCAAGUGUCGGGAGAGACCUUAUUGUGCCCCGGGGGUGAGUGCCGUCCUGGACGGGUGUGGCUGCUGCAAGAGCUGCGCCAGGCAGAUUGGAGAAGCGUGCAACGAGAGGGACGUCUGUGACCCGCACAAGGGCAUGUACUGCGACUUCUCAGCAGACCAGCCAAGAUAUGAAGUUGGAGUGUGUGCAUAUAUGAUGGCAGUGGGCUGUGACCUGAAUGGGGCCCACUAUGAGAACGGAGAAGCUUUCCAGCCCAGCCCCCUGUAUAAGUGCACAUGUAUUGCCGGAGCCAUUGGCUGUACCCCUGCUUUCAUCCAGAAGCCUGCUGGUCUCUUAGGUCCCGCCCCACUGAUGGGCAACAUUCCAGCCGCCCUCCGCAGCAGUCAGAGUCCAAAGAAGCACCAGCAGGACGCUACCUACAUGUCAGCCUGGAAGAAGAACUGUCUGAUCCAGACCACGCCCUGGAGUCCCUGCUCCAAGACCUGCGGCCUGGGAAUCUCUGUGCGCGUCAACAACGACAACAGCAAAUGUGAGAUGAGGAAGGACCGUCGCCUGUGCCUGUUGCGACCAUGUGAGAGGGCCCUGCUAAGGAGUAUUAAGGUGCCAAAGGGAAAGACAUGCCGGCCUAAAUUCCAGGCAAAGAAAGCGGAGAAGCUGACACUCUCUGGCUGUACCAGUACCAAAAAUUUUAAGCCCACAUACUGUGGUGUAUGUACAGACAAGCGCUGCUGUUUCCCCAACAAGUCCCGCAUGAUAAAGGUCGACUUCGCUUGCAAAGGAGGCUCCAACACACAGUGGAAAAUGCAGUGGAUAACGUCCUGCGUGUGCCAGAGAAAGUGCGACAAUCCGGGUGACAUGUUUUCCGACCUGCGGUUACUUUAAUGGCGCCAUCUAAAAAGCGCAGAGACACUGACACAGGGUAUGAGCCCUGCUGCGGUGGACUAAGGACUGAAAAAUAUGCAUAUGGUUAUCAAGUUCUCCUCAGCAGCGGUGAUGUGCCCCAAGGAAACUAAAGACAAAAACUUAAACUGAAACUACAAAACCUCAUUUCGUGGGGAAGAAUGGCUGGGAUCAUUAAAUGAAGAAAAAAGCUGUUAGCUAUGAAAAAAACGUUUAUGAACCCUGUCUUUAGGACACGUAUGUGCAAUAACAACAU